ACCAACGCGGAAGUGAAUUCAGUGUAAAUAAAUAGAUAAUCGUGUAUUUGGUCUUUCACUCGUUUGUCACCAUGGUGCGAUGCUUCCUGAUCCACACCGUGUGUCCGCUCGCUGCGGUCUCUGCCGGGGACAGCAGGCUGCUCUACUGCCGCCUCUUCGCUCCGGAGGACGGGCUCCUCACCGAGCAGCUCCGGGAACUCAGCCCGGAGGAGAGGCGCCUUUUGCGGGGGGAGAAGGCCGCGGUGGUGGCGAGGCAGGUGAGGAGCGCUGUGUCCCUGUCCCGCGAGGCCUCGGGGCGCCCCCUGGUGGAGGCGCUGCCCGGUGAGGAGGCCCUGGCCCUGCAGGACGCCAGCAGCGGCGUGGUGCGUCUGAGAGCCGGCGACCCGUUCUCUGAGGAGAUGAGCGCUCUGUGGCUGGGCGUCCAGAGUCUGGGCUUCACGCUGGUGUGCGAGCCCCACGAGAACCUGCUGCUGGCCGAGGGAACCCUCCGCACCCUGACCCGCCACUGCCUGGAGCACCUGCACAUGCUGGGCCCGGGGAGCGAGGUCCUGCUGAGGAGCAACCGCAUCGACGCCCUGCUCAGCCGCCUCCUGCCCCACGGCCAGCUCCUCUUCCUCAACCACCGCUUCGCCCAGAGUCUGGAGAAGGACGUGGCAGCCUACAUGGCCAAGUGAACCCCGGGACCCGCCUGACGUCCAGUGUGAGCUCUCAAGCAAACGAGUCGCCUCUUGUUUACCUCCGGUGACUUUACUGCGGCGGAGGAAGAAGCGCCGGCGACUGGCAGCUGCUGUUUCAGAUUACACGAGGUGGUAAACACACAGACUGGUAAAUAUUUCCCCCUCAGCCACUCGCAGCAGCUCACUCCUGACUGUUUACUGUGUGGGAGGCUUCAGUUCAAAUCCUGUUUGUCAAAUCGAGGAGUGGAAAGGAGAAUGUGGCAGAUUGAAAGAGUGCGGCUGAAGAGGCCAGUUAAGACCUACUCACCCGCUUCACAGGCCGCCAUUUAUCUAAUUCCCUCGCACUUCAAGUGUCAACGCGUGACCUUGGACAGCCAAGACCUCACCUGCUCUUUUUUCGACAGUCCUCUCCGAGUAUAAAAGAAUCUGAGAGUGCUCUGUCGGCGAGUCGUGACUUCCAGCCGAGCAGAGCUGUUCCAGGCGAGUGGGAGGAAACCGGAGCCAAACCGCCGAAACGGAGCAGAGACUAAAUCAGAGCCAAACCAGUUUAACGUCACGUUUGAACCAAAUAUGUCAGAAUUCUUUAGACACCGAGGACGAAGGGAAAAGACGGGUGAUGACAUGAACUAUAUUUAAAAACACAAUGGAUGAAAGAGGACAUGUUGGCACGAAGAACAAAAAUGGAAACGUUCAGACAACAAAUAUCAAAUCUAUUCCCAUAUCUGAACAUCUGCUGUACCUCUGACAGCACCCCCCCCCCUCCUCUCCAUCCUGCUCCCCCCAUUCAAUUAUCUUAAACCCUCAGUUUCUGUGUUGGCAACCAACUCCAAAACUAAACGUGUGGGAUUCGAGGAGAGGGAAUCUGUCUGGAUGCCAGGAUCAGUUGCUUUGAUUGUUUUCCUUUUUUUUUUGUUGCUGUAUUAAAGAAUUGAACUCAUUUCCAGUUUUACCCAGGGCGUACUCUGUGAAGCUCGAGCACACAGGACGUGUUCUCCAAAAACAAGGCUCAGGGGAUUGAAGAUUAAAGUGAUGAAUCACACAAAAAGGAUUUAGAGGUUGUGUUGCUCCCAGGGGGGUGAAAAAAACAACACAACACAACAUCAGCCAGAUAAGAACAUCUGCAAACUGAAAAACAUGUCAGGUGAACAGGUUCUACUGUAGGACCAGCAGAGGGCGACACUGAUCCUAUUAUGAAGUGUGUUUGUGUGGUUUUAUUAAAUUGAUAUAACGAA